UGUGGGCGGGGUCUGUCGCUAUAGCAACAACCUUUGAAAAACAUGUCUGACAUUGGGUCUGAAGAUGGAGAGGACCAGGGGCCUAAUCUGGGAACUUAUGAAGGAGAGAGAAAUGACGCAGGAGAGAGACACGGGCAAGGAGAAGCUGUCCUUCCUAAUGGAGACUCUUACAAGGGACAGUAUGCCAAUGGAAAGAGAAAUGGCUAUGGUGUGUACAAAUUUAAAUCGGGUGCUCGUUACAUGGGUAAUUAUGAUGAUAACCAGAAAUCUGGUGAAGGAACGUUUUAUUAUCCUGACGGCUCAAAAUACGAAGGUAGAAAAGGAAUAAAUAAUCAUCUAUUGUUAUUUCUAUUAGGCCAGUGGGUAAAUGAUGUGCAUCAUGGGGCAGGCAAGUAUACUUAUGCUAAUGGAGACACAUAUGAAGGAAAUUGGGAGAAUGACCUGAGAAAUGGACUAGGAACUUACACUUAUAAUCAAACUGGAGUCCAAUAUGUUGGUGAAUGGGUCAAUGGUAGAAGAGAGGGUAAUGGAGAGUUGCUGUUCAAAGGGUAUAAAUUUAAAGGAACUUUCUUAACUGAUCAACCACAUGGAGCUGGUAAGUAUAUGUUUGACAUUGGAGUGCAGCAGCUUGGAGAUUAUGUACUGGAGAAACCUGUAAAGGAAGGAGAAGAAGAGGAGGAAGAGGAAGAAGAUAUACAGAAACUUAAUCCAAGAUGGCAGGGAGGGCAGAUAACUCAUGCUUAGUGCAUCACAUAACACUAAUAUUAUUGAUAGAGAGACACAAAUCUUGUUUUAACACAACAAUGUAAACUAUCAAUUAAA